CUGUCAAAGUGGCAAUCAGUGUCAGUGAAUCGUGCUGUGCAUGGUGAAACGCGAUUAUUCUCGAAAAACGUGAAUUUACGGAGUUUUAAAAGAGGUAUUCUUGUGACUUACGAAUUUUUGUAACUGCAAGACUUUGUGUGUGAUAAAACUGCCUUGUGAAUAUCCAAUCUACCUCAAAUCAUUCAUAAACCUGUGCGAAACUUCAUACAUAUUUUUUAAAUUCAAGUGUCCUAAACCCAGUUAAUCAUGGCUAAAUGGGGUGAAGGAGAUCCUCGAUGGAUUGUUGAAGAACGUCCGGACGCUACCAACGUAAAUAACUGGCAUUGGACGGAGAAAAAUGCAGGACCAUGGUCUAAAGAGCGUCUAAAAGAGCUGCUGACUAAUUUAAAAAUAGCCCAAAACGGUGUUAAUUGUAAGUUAACUGAGAUUGAGAAGAUCGAAGGAGAGGCUACAGCGAACAACAGGAAAGGAAAGUUAAUAUUCUUCUACGAAUGGGAUAUCAAAUUGAAGUGGGAAGGACAGUUGGCAGGUGGCAGUGAUACUGUGAAUGGAGAAAUUCAGAUUCCCAAUUUAUCUGAAGAAAACGACGUCAGUGAAGUUGAUAUGACAGUUACGAUCAAAGGCAGUGGUGAAGAAGCACAACGGGUGAAGGCGUUCAUGCAUAAUGUUGGAAAAGAUGAAAUUCGGAAGCAACUCAAAGAGUACAUUCGUAGUCUCAAAGAGGAAUUCUCGAAAGGACUAAUUCUGCCCAAGAAAGGUGAAGCGCCGGUCAAGCCCGACAACAUUUCCAUGAUCACGAGCGGUUUCAAUAAGAAAAUCAAUAUGGAGCCGGUGAUUUCGCCCAAGAACCAACAGAUUGGUUGCAAGUUGGAUACGAAAACGAUUGAGCUGUCGGAGAAAUUUCAGUGCAGAGCCGAGGAGUUCUACAAUGCGAUGACUCGAAUAGAAAUGGUCACUGCUUUUACGCAAGGUCACGUUAAAAUGGACGUGGAGAAAGGUGGUAAAUUCGCACUUUUCGGUGGCAAUGUGACGGGUGAGUUUCGUGAGCUGCAACCCAACAAGAAGAUAGUCCAGUAUUGGAGGCUGAAGCAGUGGCCUGACCAACACUUCUCCGAGGUCACCUUCAAUAUUGAAGAAAAGGAUGACCACACCCUGGUGACCCUGAAGCAGGACCUGGUGCCCGCCUCGGAGGUGGAGCAGACGCGUGACAACUGGCGGCGGUACUACUUUGACAGCAUCAAGCGGGCGUUCGGUUUCGGCGCGUUCCUGUGAUCGCCGCUUACGACAAUUAGGUCCAAUUAUACCGACAAGAAUUCUUCAAAAGCUGUGCUUCUAGUGCGAAGCAACUGCAAUUUUUUUUUAUAGUUUUUAACGCAACUGUGAUGUAUUUACUGCGAAUCGAUCAAAUAACGACUGUACUAAAUCGAUUUAUAUCGAUACCAUUUUCAAAUUUUGUUUGCGUCAUCGUAAUAAAAAAAAUUUUAAAAUUAUAGGUGAAAAAAAUUUGAGCAGAUAAAAAAAAAAUAAAAACAAAAAUUCAAAAUAUUUAUUAAUUAUUAAAGGAUACUUCAUAUCGCAUAACAAUUGUCAAAUAUUUUGGAUUCAACUCUGUAAACUCACUAAUAAUUGAAAACUAUUUUUUUUUAUAUCUGAAUUAUUUAAUUAAUUAAGUGAAACAAAAAGCUCACUAAACACUUGACCAACAAAUAAGUAUUUUAAUAAAAUUGCUGGCUACACACGGUUUGUUUUUACAAGAAAAAGAAGGAAAUGUAACGAACCCUAUAGAGCAUACAUUUAACUAAGCUUCAGACGCAACAAAAAAAAAAUACUUGAUUUUUUUCCUCUAUUGUCUUCAUCCACAUCCACACUAAUAAUAAAGAGGAAAGAUUUGUAUUUUUGUAUGUUUGUGUGGAAUAAACUCAAAAACUACUGGUCCGAUUUUGAUAAAAUUUGGCACAGAUAUAGAAUAGACCUUCAAAAGUGACAUAGGCAUAAAUUUGUUUUGAAAUAAAUUUAUUUCAAAACAUAAAACACAAAAAUAUGUCCACCCGUGCGAAGCCGGGGCGGGCCGCUAGUUAUAUAUAAUUUAAAAAAAAGAAAUAGCUUGAUUUCGCCUUUGUUUCUGAUAUUUAUUGAUUCCGAGUUGAUUUUCAAGUCAGUUACUAUUUCUAUAUUAAAAUUACUUUCUAAGGCACUUAAGUUAUUGUUCUGAGAAAGAUACUAGUUUAUGGUUGUGUAGCUUAUUAUACGAUUCGAAAUGCAUUUGGUAAUAAUAUUAUAGUAUUCUAGCAAUAUUACUAGUUUAAAAAUAAACUGGUGUUGAUUAAUUAGACUUUUGUUUUUAAUAUUAUUGACAUAUUUCCUAUUAAUUUUCGUGGUGUUUCUGAAAUGCCGGCACUAAUUUCUCAUUUAUUUUGUUGUAACAAAACUUAGAAUUCUUUAAAUAAUAUAAAUAUUAGACAUAUAUAAGUGAAUUUUCCUAUAAUUAAGCAGAUAAAUCCAUUAUCCAUCACAAAAUAUUAUAUUUUUCGCAAAUAUCAAAAAAGAUUGCAGAAUUUUAAUUUUUUUUUAAAGUUUCUCGUAUAAAUCUAUUUAGUACAGACGAGGAAAUUAAUGAUCUUCAAUUGCUGAAAACUUCUUUUUGCUGUGUUGUAAGUAGUUCAUCUAUGUGUAACUUUUUUAAUUUAUGGAAUUUUUCCAAUAAAUUAUGUUAGACUAUA